AUGGCGGACUCCACGCCGGAAGAGCAGUUUUCGUUCCUGAGUCAGCAGCUCCUCCUGCUGAACCAACUUCCUCAACAAGAUGCUGCUCUUGCACCACUAGAAGUGACGCCCUCCAGACGUCGUACUCCAUGCGAGGAGCAGCAGGUUCAAUCAGCAGCUUUCAUUUGCAGCUCUGGGGAUAAAGUUUCCCAAGGCCACACGUCUUUGGAUGGUAGUGGGCCACUGGUUGACCUGGCCUCCGCGGCCUCGCAGGCACAUUCACCAGUAAAGCCUGAGUUACAAGACGCGACUAAUGUCAAGUCCCACAGACUUCAGCAGAUGCAGAUGGCACUGAGGGAACACCAGAGCCAGUUGUUGCGUCAGCGAGAGCACUUGCAGCAACAGCAGCGACUGCUUUUUCAGAGGUCACAGGAACGCAGUGUUGCGCCACAUAGCCUCGCUCAACUGUUCGCCGACCUGCAUGAUGCCCGUCAGCAGCAAUACGUACAAGCACAACAACGUACGGAUCAAACGACUCCAGCUCAUACGUCUGAUGGGCGGGUGCUGAGAGCUGGUGUUCGCCAUCACUGCAGUAAACUGCCAAGCAACGGGGCUGGGCUGCAGCUGCCGACGCCGCACUGCGCAGUUGAUGGAGUCAGCGGCUUAGCCGCGAAACGUGAAGGACACCACCAAGAACAGACCCAAGAAACAGACCGUGAUUUGGAGCCUUUUCAAUUGGGGGAAGCACGAACCCAGCAGCAGAAGAGGGGACUGCCUGGGCAGUGUUCAGCAGAUAGAAAACGAAUUCUCCGAGAUGCUGGGUUGCUCGAAGCCCGUGUAGUAUUGAGCUGCACCCUUAGCGCCCUCCGGUUCUUCAGGAGGAAUGCCGCAGUUGCAGAAUCGCACGACAAGAUAGAUAACAGCAGCAGCGCAAUGUGUACGUUCAGAACUAUUCAGGCUGCUAGCGAAGGCGGGAGAUUGAGUGAAUGUCCGGUAUUUUCUCGAGAGGGGGAACCGUCUCCAUCUACGACGGCUCCUGGGGGAGCUAUAAACGUUCCACACGGGACAAUGGGGGGCAAAGUGAUACAGGUGCACGGCGAGCCACUUCCACUUACUGUUCUGUGUGCGGGCAUCUCCCCUGCGAAGCUCUGGCUGCAUUGUCUGAGGGUGACCCUCCAUGCCAGGCGGUGUGCCAUUCGGACGCGCCGGUACUGGAAGGCAUUGGUUCAUUUGUUCCCCCGCCGCAGCGCAUACUCAACCAUUUCAGUCUUGUCUCAUGAAGAUUUGAAGCGGUACAACACUAUCGGCUCUCGGGCCCCCUCGUUGCGGGACGCAACAACUGCCCUAGGGCCAUGGGUUGCUCCGAAGGAACCUUUUUGUGAACCAGGUCUGUAUUGCAUCGUUGAUGAAAGAGGCCCGAUUCUUGCAGCAUGGGCGGUUGCUCAGGACAGUGAUGGGCGCUUGCGCCGUUGUUCAGCAGUGGUAGGUUCAGGUGAAUUUAACGCAGCUGACGAAGCUUGUAUCAAAAGGAAACGCUCGAAGUGUACGACGAACCCAUCUACAUCCUACUCACCUGAUAGUCCUUGGGAAACGUUUUUGAAGGGGAGGGAAUGUGUUGAGGCCGACGGACUGCAGGCCCUGGAGAAGUGGUAUGUGAAUGUAACAAACGCGCCUCUGACAGAGCAGCAGAUUCGGAGCCUAACCUUAGCGGAAUAUGCAUCGGUGUUUGGCGAAUAUGCUGAGUGCCUGGUGCGCGCUCUCCAGAAGCUCGUCGAGACGCGACAUGCUUCAUCAUCAGCAAGCAAGGUUGCGGAAGGCUGCGGGUGUUCCUGCAGCAUCUGUGUCGGUCAGCCAUGCCGUGUACGGGUAGCGUGGCGGCAACAUCUUAUGGCCUUCGAACUUGCCAUAGAUAAGACGGCCGCGGCACGUUCUCAUUCAGGUGAGCAGACAAACGGAGUAUCUCAGCUUCACUUGAUUCUCCAUGAACUGUACCAGCCGUUGUCGCUGACAGUGCCAGGUAUGCGCAGCGCACUUGCACAGUUGCUGGUGAGGCUGAGACGCUACGUGACACUGUCUCCGCUAGGCGUUGAGUUCCUAAUGCAACGUCUCAAAGAAAUACUUUCUCCUGCACCUGGAGAUGACGCGCAAGAGGCCUUCAGAAAAACUGAAGGAGAAGAUAAGGAUGAGUUGAUCGGAUCCUGUUGCAGUUGGGCAACGCGGGACUGGUCCCUUGCUAGCUGGCACCGCAGGCGCCAGCGGCACCAAACAGACAUGCCUAGUCCUCUGAUUGGCAGUAACAAUCUCGACAGCAGCGUCGCCAGACUGUCUAUGCUCUCAGCAACACUGUGGGAAGCACCUGCAUGUACUGCAGGGGGGGUAGGGGAACCUGGUCUCUCAACGAACGCCGCCGAACCAGAAGGGAGAGGGUCUUUGCCUAAAGCGGACGUUCCAGGUGAAGAGUUGGAGGCAUUGGCUGAUAGAAUGACCAGAAAGGAUUGCUACACCGUGUUGGGUGGCACUGGUGUCAAUGCAUUACGAGCUGCUGGACUCUCUGACGUUGUGGCGAACCAUGAUGAAGAAGAGGAAGGGGCCCUGCAAAUUCUCAACCUUCUCCGGGGAUUGACGGGGUAUUUGGAUCAUCUGGAGGGCCAGAGGAAUGCGGACUUCCUGCACAAAGUGACGGCCUUGGAAAAGCUGGCAGGGGCGGAGCUACAGACA